AUGGAUAAGGAAAUUGUUGAACAGCUCGAAAAGCAGUCGGAUGAGGCCGGUGGCGGCACUAGCGCCGGACCGGAUACCAUCACCACGGAUGUCUACGACGAGGAUAUGAACAGAAAGCUGAACCGCAUCUUGGACUGGCGCGUCCUUCCAGUCUGUUGCUGGCUAUAUCUCCUCAACUUUCUCGACCGCGGCAAUAUUGGCAACGCCAAAGUCCUCAAUGCCGAAACUCAUGACGACUUGCUUAGCCAAACCGGCACGACGGCUUCCGGCUACGCCGUGACGGUGUCAUUAUUCUCGGUUGCGUAUGCUGUCUUCGAGGUGCCAUCCAAUUGGAUCAUGAAGCAUUAUGUCAGACCGUCACUAUGGCUCGCAAUCCUCCUAGGAUGUUGGGGUGCUUUGACAAUUGGUUUCGCUGGAGUACAUAACUAUGCAACAGUCCUUGUUCUCAGACUUUUGAUAGGCGUUUUCGAAGCAGGCUUCUUUCCUGGUGUCGUCUACUUCAUCACAAUAUGGUAUCGCCACAAUGAAAGAUCAAUCCGCAUAGCCUAUGUCAUCGCUUUUUGUAAUCUGGCUGGCGCAUUCGGUGGUGCUAUCGCCUAUGGUAUUGGCCACAUCAAUGGAGCUGCUGGACUGCAGGGAUUUCGCUGGCUCUUCAUAAUCGAGGGCAUCAUCACCAUGCUGAGCGUUCUGCCCACGGCUUUGAUCUUGCCCGACUAUCCGUCGAGGGCCCGCUUCCUCAAUGAAGAUCAGAAGAGGUUGGCAGUUGAUAGGCUAAAGGACAUGGGAGGUGGUUAUAACAGGGAUCACGCCACAAAGAAAGAAAUUCUUCAAACAUUUUUUAAACCCAGGAUGUUGGCACACUAUGCGGCCUAUAUCGCAAAUGUUGUCCUGCAGGGAUCAUUCACCUUCUACUCCCCGACCAUUGUGACAGGGCUCGGCUAUGCUUCUAUUCAGGCCCAACUCAUGACUGUGCCUCCAUGGGUCGUGGGUUUCGUGGUGGCAAUCUUGCUAUCAUACUCGGCAGACCACUUCAAUGCUCGAGGUUGGCACGUUGCUGGUGCCUCCAUCGCUGGCGGUAUCGGGUGGGUGACGGCGGGAUCUCUCCCACACGAUGCGUACACAGCGAGAUAUGGCUGUUUGUGCCUUGCUGCCGCUGGAGCGUUUCCGUGCGCACCGGCCAUGACGAACUGGGUUACGUGUAAUACACCAAGCCUACUCACGAUACCAUUCGCCAUAGCCCUGCAUAAUUCCUGUGCGGGUAUCGGUCAGAUUAUCGCCCAGUGGAUAUGGAAAACCAACGAGGCAGCAGACGGUUAUCCGACCGGAAACUAUGUUUGCGCUGCGUGCAGCUUCUUCGUUGCAAUCAUGGCGGUGUGCCUGAGGUUCUGGUAUGGUCACAUGAAUCGGCAUGGGACAUUGGAUGCUCGAGGAGAGAAAAGAGUCUGGUCAUACUGA